CAGCAACAUUUGCAGGCGGGCGGUUUUGAAAGCCGGCCUUGCCGCCCCAAUGUAUUUCGUAUCUCAGAAAUUUUUUGUUAGUGACAUGGUCGAGACACGUCCAUUCACGUUGUGGGCUGCGGGUGUAUUCGAAAUAUAUUCGUCGUGUUUAUCGUGAAGCGUGAAUUCUUUGCAUGGAAACAUUCGUGAAUGAAUAUUCUUUUUUUGGAAUAAUAAAUAAAAACCUAAGAAAUAAAUAAAAACAAGGGACAGCAGUGAGCAAAAGAACAAAAAAAACUUCCUACUUGGAUCAAUGUGUGAAAUUUUCAAAAUAUAUUUGAAUAAAAGUGGAAAGAUUUCAACGAAAGAACGAACCUACAAAAGAGUUUGAGUGGCAUAAACAAAUGUGGCAAAUGCAAAUGUCAGUUCAGUUCAGUGCAAAAAAUAAUUGAGUUUUUUUUAUAAUUUUUUUAUUUUUCUGGAAAAAUUCAAAUACACCCCAAAAUAAUACAAAGAAAAGAAGAAAAAAAAAUAAACAAGUGCAAAGCCAAAAAACGAUUUUUUUUGGUGUGGAUUACCAGUGAAGGAAAGUGAAGUGAUGGCUUAAAUGGAUUAAACAUAAAUAAGAAAACACACUGAGAGAAAGAAAGAGAGAGAGAGAGAGAGGGAGAGAUAUUAUGCAGUGUCCAGAUGUGUGCGCGAUUGUUCCGGCACUAAGAUCUAUAUAGUACUAAUCGUAGAUUGAAAAAACCGAAUAUCAUUCGGUGAAAGGAACCCGUAAUACGGCCACUAUCUCCAACGGAACGGCAGACGAAGCCCCAAAGAGAAAACAAAACAGAGAGAAAAACACCCAGAGAGGGGCAACCGCAACCCCAACCCCCGCCCCAGCCCCCUUUGCACAAAGCCACUCGGAUGACGCAACGGAGGAGACAUCAGCCGCCCACGAUGCAGACACUCGCGAUGAUGCUGCCGGUGCUGCUGCUGCUGGUGUUGACGUCAGUGACGGUCCUGCCGGCCCAUGCCUCGCCUUUUACGAGCUAUCAGAAUCAGCGAUUCGCCAUGGAGCCGCAGGACCAGACGGCCGUGGUGGGGGCACGCGUUACGUUGCCCUGCCGCGUCAUCAACAAGCAGGGCACCCUCCAAUGGACCAAGGACGACUUCGGGCUGGGCACCUCCCGCGAUCUGAGCGGCUUCGAGCGGUACGCGAUGGUAGGCAGCGACGAGGAGGGCGACUACUCGCUGGACAUAUACCCGGUGAUGCUGGACGAUGAUGCCCGGUACCAGUGUCAAGUGAGUCCCGGCCCCGAGGGACAGCCGGCCAUCCGGUCGACAUUUGCGGGCCUGACAGUGUUGGUGCCGCCGGAGGCACCGAAAAUUACCCAGGGCGAUGUCAUCUAUGCCACCGAGGAUCGGAAGGUGGAGAUUGAGUGCAUCUCUGUGGGCGGGAAGCCCGCAGCUGAGAUUACAUGGAUUGAUGGCCUGGGCAACGUGCUAACGGAUAACAUUGAGUACACGGUGAUACCGCUGCCCGAUCUGCGCCGCUACACGGCCAAGUCGGUGCUCCGGCUCACACCGAAAAAGGAGCACCACAACACGAAUUUCACGUGCCAGGCACAGAACACGGCCGACCGCACCUAUCGCUCGGCGAAAAUACGUGUCGAGGUUAAGUACGCGCCCAAAGUCAAGGUGAAUGUGUUGGGAGGAGGCCCGACUGGGGGCUCCUCUAUGGGAACCCACCAACGGAUUGUGGAGCAUGCCCAGGUGCGACUCGAGUGCCGGGCAGAUGCCAAUCCCAGCGAUGUCCGUUAUCGCUGGUACAUCAACGACGAACCAAUUAUAGGCGGUCAAAAAACUGAGAUGAUCAUACGCAAUGUGACGCGCAAGUUCCACGAUGCCAUUGUCAAGUGCGAGGUGCAGAAUUCCGUGGGCAAGAGCGAGGAUAGCGAGACCCUGGACAUAAGCUAUGCCCCCAGCUUCCGGCAACGUCCCCAAUCCCUGGAGGCGGACAUCGGCAGCGUUGUGUCCCUCAGCUGCGAGGUGGACAGCAAUCCCCAGCCGGACAUUGUCUGGAUCCAGCAUCCCAGCGACCGCGUUGUCGGCACCAGCACCAACCUCACCUUCAGCGUGAGCAACGAGACGGCCGGACGCUACUACUGCAAGGUGAAUGUGCCCGGCUAUGCGGAGAUCUCAGCGGAUGCCUAUGUCUACCUGAAGGGAUCCCCAUCGAUCGGCUCCCAGCGGACGCAGUACGGCCUGGUGGGGGACACCGCACGCAUCGAGUGCUUUGCCAGCAGUGUGCCCCGGGCCCGUCAUGUCUCGUGGACGUUCAACGGACAGGAGAUCAGCUCAGAGUCUGGCCAUGACUACUCCAUUCUGGUGGACGCCGUGCCCGGCGGGGUCAAGAGCACGCUCAUCAUCCGGGACAGCCAGGCCUACCACUACGGGAAGUACAACUGCACUGUCGUCAACGACUACGGCAACGACGUGGCCGAGAUACAGCUGCAAGCCAAGAAGAGCGUUUCCCUUUUAGUGACAAUUGUAGGUGGAGCAUCGGCCUUGGUCUUCCUGGUGGUCCUCAUUAUCCUCCUGGUGAUGUACUUGAAGUGCAAGAAUCGCACCAAACUGCCGCCCGCCGAUGUGAUCAGCGAGCAUCAGAUCACCAAGAACGGAGGAGUCAGCUGCAAGAUGGAGCCAGGCGAUCGCACCUCCAACUACAGCGACCUCAAGGUGGACAUCUCCGGCGGAUAUGUGCCCUAUGGCGACUACACCACCCACUACAGCCCACCGCCCCAGUAUCUGACAACGUGCUCCACCAAGUCCAAUGGCAGCUCCACCAUCCUUCAGAACAAUCACCAGAACCAGCUGCAGCUGCAGCAGCAGCAGAGCCACCAGCAACACCAGCACCACCAGCAGCAGCAGAGCCACCAGGCACCGCACCACCAGCAACCACCCGGCCAGAGCCUGCCCAUGACCUUCCUCACCAACAGCAGCGGGGGCAGUCUGACGGGUAGCAUCAUCGGAUCCCGGGAGAUACGCCAGGAGAAUGGUCUGCCCAGUCUGCAGUCGACGACGGCCUCUGUGGUGAGCUCCUCGCCCAAUGGCAGCUGCAGCAACCAGAGCACUGCCACCACCACCCACGUGGUGGUGCCCAGCUCGAUGGCCUUGAGCGUGGAUCCGCGGUACAGCGCCAUCUACGGUAAUCCCUAUUUGCGCUCCUCCAACUCCUCGCUGCUGCCGCCCCCCACAGCGGUCUAAGCGAUCGAGUAGUUCGAUCGAGCAGCCCACUCGAAGACUGAUCUCAAGGGACACGGGACACGGGACAAGGGCUACGCUCUGCACUGCUCCUGGCCUGUCCUGGAUCGUUCAAUGGGGUAAGAUUGGGGCGUCCGCGCCAUUGGAAGAUUUUCAGCAACCAAAAAUUCGAAUCGAGUAACGAGUAACUUAAAGAUUUAGCUUAGAAAGAGCUCACACACACACACAUCUGAUCGUAAUUGUAUGACUAGGCUUAGGUAAACCAAACCCCCCCCCCCCCACCACCCGGCAUCCAGAUCCUUCGUUUUCUAAUCGUUAUCCUGCCUAGCCCACUGGAAAAUAAUGGAAUGUACUUUAGCUUUAGCAGAGGGAAUGAUCUUUUUCGAAACCGUAGUGUGCUUUCUGCUUCGGUUUUCCAAUCUAGGCUAAGCGCAGUUCUAUCUAAACAGAGACUAAGCUUCAAAGAAUCAGUGUUAGGCAUUUACAACUAUCGAAGGAAAGAGAGAGAGAGGGAGAGUGUUAAGAAACGCCUUAAAAAAAUACAUUAACUGUUGGCUGCAGGGGCACCUGUUGAGUUUUCCGCGCAGCGAAGGGAUUAACGGCACUGCGAGGGCAUUUGUUAAGGGUUCAUCAUUUAAUGCCAUUUGGAACUGAAGAUGGAAUAAUAAUCAAACACACAUCUUUUAUAUAUACCUACCGAUCAAUUUAUCUUUGUGUUUUUUCAUACUAAUUUUUACCAGCUUUCACUUCAAUCUUUCACUUUUUUACCUAUAUAUUCUACUUCAUAUGAUCUAACUUGUAUCUAUUAGCUUUAGCAUGAAAUUAUCUCAGUUGGUUUCUAUCUGGCUACUCCUUCGACCCAAUAAUAAUAGUCUUAACCAUUUUCCAUGCCUUAAACAAAUGCCCACGAAGUGCCACAAAAAAAAAUCAACAAUAUAUACGAGUAUAUAUAAAAAUGUAGAGAAGCAAAAACAAAAUUCAAUUAUAUAUGUUUAAAUGGAUUUAUAUAAUCUAAAUAUAUAUAGAAAUACAGACAGACAGUAAUUCAGUUGAAUGGAUAGUAUUUAAGGGAAAAAAUAUGCCAAAGUACCUGAUAGUAUUUAAGUCGAGAGCCAGCCGAGACCCUGACACGGCGCUCUCAUCAAUUACAUUUAAAAAAAAAAAAAAAACAAUUUAAAUUUAUUAAUAUAAUUUGUAAUAUUUUUUUUUUUGAGCUAUAACUAAACGUAUGAAGAUAAGUAUUUCGAUAUAAGGAUAUGCCGAUAGAGAAUAUACAAAUGAUAGAUGUUAGAUCUUCGACAGUCGCCUUAACUUAUGACACGCCCACACACUCUCGAGACAGCGCCCAUGCUAGCAGCCACUAAGAGAUAGAGGAUAGAACAUGUAUUCAAUUCGUCAGUUCAAUUGUUCUAAGUGUACUUCUAAGUGUAUAACGGUCUAAUUAUCCUAGUUGUAGCCUAAAGAAACACACACACCCACACACAUCUACAUAAUGAUAUACCUAAAUAUAUAUAUAUAUAUAUAUAUAUACAUAGAUAUAGCUAUACAUACAUAGUAUUUACAUUCAUACAUACUAUAUAUACAAACAAUUUUUUUGCAUAGACCCUAAGCAUUAUAUUUUGAUAAAUGAACAAUUCGAAGUAAUCAUCCAGCAGACGUGUAUAAUUCUUGUAUUUCUUGUAAUUCCUGCAAUUCCUGUAAUUCCCGUUGCCCCAAGUUCAGUUUAGUUUCUCUAUAUUUAUCAUAGAUCCGUGUAUUUGUGGAUAUCGCGCUUGUCAAUUAAGCGACAAACAAAUAUAAGUGUUUUUACCUAUACAGAAUGCAAAUUAUAAAAACAAAUAAGCUAAAAACAACAAAACAAAAACAAUAAAACACACACACACAAA